AUGGUUUUCUGCAGAUGUCUAAAGAUGAGUGUCAUGGAUAUCACAAAAAAUUUUGCCAUGUUAAAACCUAAAGAAGAUGAAGAGGCAUUAGAAGAAAGUCGAGAGCUACAUUUGGCAGUGGCUAUGGAUAACCCACAAUAUCUAGCUUUUCUUCUCUCUGAUGAAAAAUAUAAGAAAUAUCUAAACAGUCGUAGUGGGUGGGGAGUUCCAGUAACGCCCCUUCGCCUUGCUGCCUCCAAAGGUUCCCUGGAUUGUCUAAAGAUUCUCUUGUCCAAUGGAGCAGAAGUGGACAUACUGGAUGUGAAAGCUCAAACUCCACUCUUUGCUGCCGUCAGUUCUGGCCAUUUUGACUGUGUCAGAGAAUUACUUAAAGCUGGGGCUUGCCCUUCCGGAAGUGUCUAUAAUAAUGGCUCUCCUAUACUGACAGCUUCCAGGGAAGGCAACAUGAGCAUUUUAAGGGAGCUCCUAGAGUAUGGUGCAUGGUGCAGAUCCUAAUGUCAAGUGCAAAUUACCUGACUGGGCAGCAAGUAACACCAUUUCUACAGGACCACUAUACCUCUCAGCUGUGUAUGGCCAUUUGGAGUGCUUUAGAACUCUUCUUUUUUAUGGGUCUGACCCCAACUACAACUGUACUGAUGAGAAAGUACUACAAAGGAUAAAACAACCUAAAACUGUACUGGAUGUAUGCCUGAAACAUGGGUGUAGGACAUCAUUUGUAAAGUUACUAAUUGAUUAUGGAGCAAAUGUAUACUUGCCUGACCUCAACAUUGCUAAGUCAUUCCCUAAUCAUGAGGCAAUGGAACUUCUAGCUAGAGAAAGAGUGCACCCAAAGUCUUUGAUGUCACAGUGUCGCUUGAACAUUCUGAAGUUGCUGAGACAAGCAAGAAAAACGCAUCUUCUUGACCAACUGGGGAUUCCUCAAGCUAUGAUCAAAUAUCUAUUUCACCAGACAUGA